AGAUCCACUCAGUCUCUGGUCCGUGAUGUAAUCGAUACUACCCUCAGAUACAAGGUUUAUACGACUCUCUGCUCCACAUGCGCGAUGGUGUCGGGAAUUAUCUCCGCUGCUUCAACAAAUACCUCGCUGUACUGUCAGCGUCAAAGACAAAGAGUAUCAACGAAGUUAGUUGUUACUUGAGCAAGCAAUCUUUUCUCUUCGCGAUCAAUCAGGCCUGGUUGCGUCAAAGGCCACCACGUUUUUGCUGCUCUGCCGUAAAGCUACCCGUCUCCUUUGCAUUCACUCAAUGAUUUCUCAUUUUCAUUCCAGUGGCUGCUGACGGCAGUGUUUAGCCAAGGAAAGGCUCCUGAUCGCUACCGGACAGGCACCGAAUCUGUAGCCGAAAUGCUGACCGAAGAAGAACAGCUGUUCGAAUUGAAGCAGUUGAUUAACAAUAACAGACACCCGAUAUGUCAGGCAUUGAGCAGCAUUCGAGACGUUCUAGCCAGCAUGGAGAUGUCAUUGACCGCCGAGGAUAGAGAGGAAUUGCUGAAGACUCACCUUCUGAAAUCCGAGGCCAUUGACAAGUUGAUCGACAAGAUACAACGCCUGGACGAUGUCAACGCGUACCGUGCGUUCCUCAGAGCUGCGGCACGGAACAACCCGGGAAGGCUCUUGGAAGAUUUUGGCUGGAACAAAAAUACAUUCUUCAGGAAUACCGUUGGAGAAAUUUAUUAUUUGGACAUGCAGUUGUGCGAUCUCUCGCCGAAUCACCGCGCAAAGCAACUGGUAUGCUCUGAGAUGACUUGCAAGCAGAAUCCGCUGCUGGUGACAACUUGGAGAGACCUGGCUGCCAAGUGCUGUGAGCGGGAGCCGCCACCGGAUGUUCAGACUGCCGAGCAGUUCUGGGAGUGGUGGACGACGCUCGCCCGGAGGCCAACCAUACACGACCUGAUAGGCGGUCUAAGGCAGAUCGAUCAUGUUGCUCUGGCUCAGGUGCUGUGCAGUGAAGACAUGUUUGACCUGCAAUAUGUUCCGCCGGCACUUCCGAGAGGUACGCACGACCUGAUCCGGAAUGAGAUCUACGUCUCCACAGAAAGAGAAAAAAGAGAGUGGUCUAAAGUCAUCCGUACCUGCGACAGUGAACGCAUUGGCCUUUCAGGCGAAGUAAUGAUCAGCGUAACCAUAAAUGCCGUGCAGAUUUCUCCUAUCCACCUUGACAAAUUGUGGGUCAGCUGGCCUCUGCAACACCUGCGGGAGUACGGUGUAAAUAGCGGAGACUUUGGCAAGCAAGUCCUGACGCUCGUGCUGGGUCGAGCAAGUGGAGAGUUUGGUGGCACAUUCAAGUUUCAAGUUUCUGACGAUACGCUGAAAAACGUGAUAACGAGCAAUGCCGCCAAGCAUGCCAGGCUUGUCAGACAAGCUGCACCUGCGCUAGCCGUACAAGCCGUUGACCCUGGGAUAGGCGAUGUCAUCUAUCAACGCUGCUCUGGGAUGCCUCGCUGGGAUGCAAGGCCACAUUCUAGGCGACUGUCAGCUACGGAUACUCCGCCAAAGCGCCCACUCGGAGAAAUUAGAUCCUGCUCCUCACCCAAGCUGUCUCGUAGUGUCUUUCCCCUGCAACCCAGUACAGCUGCGGCACCUCCCCUUCCUCCGAGGCCAGACCGCGGCUCUCCUCGACCGCCUCCCCGACCUCCAAAGCCAUGAUCAUGAAUAAUUAUGGUGUAAGGGCAAUCUAUUGCCAGGGUAUUUUGGCACUUGAUUUCGUGCCCCCCCCCCCCCCCCCAACAGACACUGUUCUUACACUGGUCAUGCCUUGUAAUGCAUGCAGAGCUAGAUGCGACUCAUCAGUCUUGGUCCUGCUGAGCAACUGUCAUCACAUGAUGCAUUCAACUCGGGCGGACAGGUAAUAUCGCUUCGGCAAAACCUUACACAGGAUUAACACUUUGUCGGCAAACCGGGUGCGCAUUUCCCAUACGGGCUGUACAACAUACCACCGUCUGCAGUUGUUCCUGGUUUGCUUGUAGUGUGCAGGGAAUGAUCACACAGUGGCUACAACGUGCUGCUUCAGGCAAUACAUGUUUGCAAAUUGUCACAUGUUGUUGUGUCUUGGUCCCAGUGUCGCCUAGAUAAGAAUGUCUGCUGCCCACUUUGCGAAUACAAUAGUGCGACUCUCAUGUUGUCAAUGA